UUGUGGACUGGUCACUGCGGCCGGGUAUCUGCCACUGAGUAUUCUCUGUUUAGGGUCAAAUAGCAUUCCAGUUUGCUCUGGUUUUUGGUUGAUUCUUUUCAAUGUGUCAAAUAGUUUCCUUUUUUUUUCUUAUAAUUUGGUUUAGACUAAUGGGGUUACUGUAUGGAGGCUCCACUGGUGUUUGUGAACAGAGUGCCUGAACCAGCUGGCUGAGGGGGCUUCUCUCACAGGGUUUCUCUAGGUGAGGGCUUUGUUAUGGAGCGUGUCAGGGUCACUUUCUUUUCGGUGAUUAUGAAGUUUAACUGCACUCUUGAAUUUUUUAUUAUUUGUGAGAAUCGUCAUAAUUGAGUGGUGGCGCUGAUAUUUAGAAAGAGGUGGGUUUAGUUUUUUGUGUUUUUGGAGCUGACACUUUUAUUCCGAACGAGUCACAGCGGAAGUCCUAUUUUGUCAAUUGACGGGUCGCAGGCUGCAGCUGGUUUGACAGCUUUCAGCCAACGUUAGCUGAGUUUAUCUGUCUGCUAUAUUUUAAUGCUUCUGUGUCGUGUCUCUCCCCUGAGACAUGGACACCACAAUGUUUCAGCUGAGGUCGUUUGUUCACCAGCGGCUGUACGCAGCGGCGGAGGAGAUUCUCGGAGAGGUGGAGAAAACCAUAACGUUAGCUCUGUACGAAGCCGAAGUUAGUCGAUCUAAAGAGGAGGUGGAAAGUGUGCGACACCAGCUGGGCCUUCUGCGAAAAAAACCAGAGAGUUCACUGACCAGCAGCACCGUGGGACCUGGAGACGAAUGUGAGUCCUCACUGCUGCAGGAAAAUCCGGGACCGUCGACCCCAGAGGAGUGUAACUUCAGCCUGAGUGCUGAGGUCCCGGGACCCUCUCAAACCAACUCAGAUCCAGAUAAUAAUAACUGGAACUACUGCCUGGUGGAGACAGACUUCAAGAUGUCUGAGAUCAAAGAGGAGCAGGAGGAACCUUGGAAUGACAGUAACACACAGGAGGCUAAUUUUCCUUCUCCUGAAGUUGUGAAAAAUGAGCAUGAUCUGCCAGAAACACAAGGAACUUAUGAAAUGCAGCCAGUUUCUUCAGACUGCUCUGCAGCUCAGAGUGAGAACAAUGACAGUGAUGAGGAUUGGGUGAACAGCAAAGGAGAACAGACGGAAAUGGUGAUACAGAAAGCAAAGAUGUUGCAAGGACAAAGUGGCAGUGUUAAUAAGAAGAGCCAAGCAGAGUUGCCUUAUGAGAAUUCUUCAGCUAAAAGUCAAAAGGACCGCAGCUUUUGCCAUUUGUGUGGCAAGGGAUUUCAGUACAUCGGCUCUUUGAUGAAACACAUAAAAACACAUGAGAAGAAAAUCGAUUGCACUGUUUGCGGGAUAACAUACCAGUCAACAAAAGAGCUGAUAACGCAUUUGAAAGGUCAUCACAACAAAGUUUAUUUUUGUGAUGUCUGUGGCAAGACUUUUGCCAAUAAUCGCUGUCUCCGGCUACACGGGAAAAUACACACAGGCAUAAAAGAGUUUGUGUGUCAGGAAUGUGGCAAAACAUUUUACCGGAGAGAGCAUCUGAUCGUGCAUGUGAGGACCCAUUCUGGAGAAAAACCAUAUCACUGUGAUAUCUGUGGAAAAGCAUUCAGUCAGAGCCAAAACCUCACAAUUCAUAAAAGAAGUCAUUCAGGGGAGAGACCUUAUCAUUGUAGCAUGUGUGGCAAACUUUUUAACACUAGCAGUCACCUCAAAACACACAUGAGAUACCAUUCAGGAGAAAAACCGUACCCAUGUGACAUUUGUGGUAAACGUUUUCGUCAAAGUGGACAGAUGACUAGACACAGGACAACGCAUACAGGAGAGAGGCCGUAUGGCUGCCAUGUUUGUGGUAUGAGAUACAGGUUUGCGCCUAAUCUGAAGGUGCACCUGCAAACUCAUGAGAAAGCAGCCACUGAGUGAAAUGAACAAGAAGGGUCAUUUCAGAGCUUGUGAGCUCAUAAGCUAGACAAGAAAGGUUUACAUGCAUGGCACCUGUUUGCCAUCUUUGGGUUUAACCACCAGGGUUAACCAAUUAACAACAAAUCACAUAUGAUUAUAUAUUAUUGCCAGCCUUUUCAGAAAGCCUACCAUGAGUUUUUAGUUCAAUUUGGUUCACAUCAUGCAGUUACUGGAUUCAGUACAUGCUGCUGAGGCGGUAUGAAAGCCAGCAUGCAUAGAUUUGAGACAUGCUUUAUAUAAGUCUCCUCACAGUGAAUACUCAGUCACCUUUUUCUUUCCACAGGUUGAAGUUGGGCAGAGCUGCCAUGAAUAUUUGGUGAUUACAUUUCAUGCACCAAUUGGAAUCACAGAGCUGUAAAACUGUCCCACCUUAAAGGCCCUGCUCAGCCACACAGGUGUUUUCAAUUACUGUGGCUGACAAGACCUCUUAGACCUGCUUAGUGGUUACAUCUGUGCUGGACGUUACAGUACAUGCCCAUCACCAAUCUCUGUGUACUAAUAAGAACGAUAAAGUUGGUUGUCCUUUCCUUGUUAGUUCAACAAAAAUAAAGGUGCGGUCACAUUAGAUUUCGCUCCCCAUUAUUCAGGGCGGUCGUGAAUUGAAGCCUUUUGAUUUGUGCAGUGUUCAGUCCGGUUGAACUUUGUCUACUCAUGACAGUGUAGAUGCCCAUACAGUCCAGAGUAGUGGUCUAAUCAGGCAUAAUAAGUGAAAACAUCUUUUGACAAGUGCAAUAAAACUAAGAGGAGAAAAACAGACAUGCCAUUCAAACUGGACUACACAUGCCCGCUCAGUGCUGGGAUUGGGUCUAAUCAGUCACCUGUGUGGGUGUUUCGGAGCUUCAGCUGUUUGACAUGAGCAGUUUGAUUCAUUUGUGGGCCAAUAUUGAAUAUCAGCAAAAUAAAUUGUGUCAAAUUUUCAGUUUUCAUUAUCGAGCAGUACAUGUUGUAUACUGUUGUGUGUGACCAUGCUUUAAACAUUUGUCCAAAGCAACUUAGUGUGUUUUUAAAUACACACACAUCAGGAGCAAUUUGGGUUUCAGUGUUUUGCUCGAUACUUCAACAUAUGUAAAGGAGGAGAUGGGGAAGCACCAACCUGCUCUACAACCUGAGCUGCAGCCGCACCAUUUCUUGUGCAAUACAGCCCCGAAGCAGGAAUAAUGUCACACAGUUGUAAUAUCUGUGAGGAAAAAAUGUGCAAUAUGAUGUUUUUGGGUAUUUUGAAUCAACCAAAUGACUAAAAUUUAUUAAAUAUUUAUUAUUUAUUUUAUUUUUGUUGCAAUAAUCUUUUAAUAAAACAGACAUUUGAACUGGGUUUCUAAUGCUCAGUCAAGCUAUUUGCACCAAUUUCUGUGAUUUACAUACACUGAUCUAAAACCAAAUUAAGUUUAAGCCCACUUUCAAUUCGCCAGGUAGCCUCAUUAAGGCUUUGCACUGCAUCUGCCAAGGAAAUAUUUUUCCCCCAUUAGCACACAGACACAUCUGUAACAAUGUGAAUGUCGUGUUGUGACGACUCAUUUGGAAGAACAAUUUGAAGAAGUAUUUUAUCUGUUCUCUCGCUGUCUAAUUAUGGUCAUAGAUCCCCCAAGGUUUCUGUUCAGUAUGAUUUAGACUGCUGAAAUGUUUUGGCACUUUACAAGACAGUCAAAAUGGGUUAAAACACUUGGAUGAUCCAAGUGCAGAGCAGCACCUGUGGAGCUGUUCUUUUCUCACAUUUUCUGUAUGUAUUUUUGUAUAUUUUUCUGUGUAAUGUCUUCUAAUGGUGGUUCAUAUGGUGAAACCAAAUUUCCAUAAUGGGGACAAUAAAUAUCCUUUCAUAUCACA